AUGGAUGCAAAACUCGUGCCAGAAACACAGUCCCUGAGGGAUGUGUAUGUAGCGGAUGCGGACACCCAGCAGUCUCUAGAACCCGAACAACAAGCCAGGUGGAACAACUUGAUUAAACAGUUCAAAAGUCUCUAUGGUGAAGCGCCUGGGUUUGUCGCCCGAAGUCCUGGAAGAGUGAACAUUAUAGGAGAGCAUAUCGACUAUUCGCUUUACGAUGUGCUCCCUACCGCUUUGAGCGUAGAUGUUCUUGUUGCUGUGAAGAGUGUGCCCGCAUCUGGCCCAGAGGCAACAGUUAAAGUGGACAAUACGGACCCCAGGUUUGCAGCUGGCGAGUUUACUGUCUCGUCGGAUCGAGAAGUGGAAAUCGAUGCAUCCAGAUCAGAUUGGAUUAAUUACUUUAAAGCUGGCCUCCGAGUAGCUGUUAAGUAUCUACAAGAGAAGGACUCGGCCUUUGUUCCGGCAAAUAUCAAGACUUUGGUCGAUGGUAAUGUACCUCCCGGUGGUGGUAUAUCGAGCAGUGCUGCCUUUGUCUGUGCGAGUGCUUUAGCUGUCGUCAAGGCAAAUGGCCAUAACAUCUCCAAACAGGAGCUUUUGGAUAUUUCAAUUGUUUCCGAGCGUGCCGUAGGAGUGUACUCAGGAGGGAUGGACCAAGCUGCUUCGAUCUUCUCGCAACGGGGAUAUCUUCUCUAUGUCACCUUCUUCCCAAGGUUCAAGGUGCAACAUGUGGCCAUCCCCAAGGCGUCUACUGAUAUCACUUUCAUGGUAGCCCAGAGCUUUGUAACGUCCAACAAGGCUGAGACCGCUCCUCGUCACUAUAACCUUCGAGUGGCAGAGUGCACCCUUGCGGCUGUAAUUCUCGCAAAGAAACAUAACAUCACCCUUCAAAAGGACAGCAGCUCAUUAGGCUAUAGCCUUAGAAAUUUACAUCAAGAGCUGAUGCGUCAAGAUGGCCGUCACGAUGACCCAUUUGAAUACCAGCUUGACUCUCUCAUUCUCCUUGUAGAGGAGACCUUCAAGCAAGAACAAGGGUACACGCGCUCCGAAAUCGCGGAACUCCUGCAGCUCACGGUUUUACAGGUCGAGGAACAGUUCCUCUCCUCGUUCCCUGUGCAAACGGAAAGAUUUUAUCUCCGCCAACGAGCCCUGCACUGCUUUAAGGAAGCCCGUCGCGUGCUCGAUUUUCGAUCAUGCCUUGCUCGUUCCCAUACGCUCGAUCAACAUAAUUUAGAGUAUCUCGGGCAGCUACUUAAUGAAUCUCAGGCGUCUUGUCGAGAUGUUUAUGACUGCAGUUGCCCCGAGGUCGAUGAACUAUGCGAAAUUGCACGACGGGCGGGCUCGCUAGGUAGCCGUCUGACAGGUGCGGGUUGGGGUGGCUGUACGGUACACCUGGUCCCUCAGGAAAAGGUCGGGAAUGUUACCAAGGCAUUGAAGGAGGAAUAUUAUCUGAAGCGAUGGCCAGAUAUGGACAAAGAAAAACUCAAGCAGGCAAUGGUCAUUAGCAAGCCGUCUAAUGGGUCAUUUUUGUAA